GCGCGCGCGGCGUCGUCGGGCGCGGCGUCGGUGGCGUCGAGCGCGGAGGUGCGGCCGGUGCCGCGCGUCGUGGCGACGGUGGGCCGCGACGGCCAGGUGACGCCCGUGCGCGACAGCGGCGUUCUCGAGCCGCCGGACGCCGCUGCGGCAGCUGUUGGCGACGGUGGCGCCGCCCAGCGGGCGGCCAGGUGGGCUCUGCGCCAGGAGGAGAUGGACGCCGUCGAGAUUCGGCCGACGUCGCGGCGUCCGAUCGGCGCCGGGCGCAUGGUGCUGCCGCCUCUGCCCCCGGGCCACCGGGAGUCGCUGCAACACGUGACCCUGGCGGACCUCCCCACGCCGCCCGCAGCCUCUCGCCCCACCGACUUCUGACGCCCCCUCGCCCCUCCGCCCGCGCCCGCCGCGCCCCCGCCCCGCCGCCCCCCGCAGCUGCGACCGCCUCGCCCGAAAUCCCGUUUGCUCCAGAUGGGGUGUGCGUGGGGCUGGCGAGGGUUUUCGACGGGAGGUUUUCUGCCACUGGUUCAACCCUUCCGUCAUCCCGCGCCUCAGCGACAUUAUCACCAGCUCUCGCUUCGUUCCAUCCCCAGGCCGUUCAGGCUUGGGAGAGGCGCUGGAUCGUGGUCGCACGGUGGAAGAACCGCGGUGUUUUUGCGAGUGAUUGUGCAUGCUCUCUCCGUCAAUAGACGCACUGCCAGGAUUUUGCAUUCCGUUGGGGAAUCGCUACACUCUCUCAGGCCUCUCAAACCUUGAGCAACCGUAUUGUGCAGCAAGCGUACAUCAAAGCAGAAAAAUCAAACUUUCG